CGGCAGCAGGAAGCAGGGGAGACUGACUGGAGAGGGCCACCACUCUCUCUCUCUCUCUCUCUCUGUGGCUCCCUUUCGUUUUCGUUCGCCAUGUUCUUGUUUAAUUUAUUAUUGUGUUUAUAGUCUUCUUCUUUCUCCCGUCUCGAUUUGACUCUUCCUUAUCUCUUCUUCGCCGUAUAGUUCACGGUCUUUCUCUCCCUCUCUGACUCUCUCUCUCUCUCUCUGCUGCGACUCUUUCCCUUGCCAAGGAUCGCCGAAAAAGGCCGAGGAAGCGUAUUGAAGCCGGAAAAGAGAUUUCCCUGAUCGAUCGAUUAAUUUCAGUCUCAGAGUUUUCAGCUGUUCAUCUUGAAAAUCAUGGCAUAUCCCUGUGGUCCAACAAGCUUUCUGCAAAUUUCGCCCUCCAUUAAUGGCGAGAAGAGUUUCGCUUUCGGCAGCGUCCUUCAGCCUUCCGCCGGCGAUCUCGCGGACGAGCUCCCGGAAAAUUUCGCCGACGAAGAAAGCGAGGACGACGUGGACAUCGAAGAACUCGAGCGGCGCAUGUGGAGGGACCGUGCGCGAUUGAAGCGGCUGAAGGAGCAGCAGCAGCAGAGCAAAAGCAAGCAACGGCAGUCGCAAGAACACGCUCGCCGGAAGAAGAUGGCUCGGGCGCAGGAUGGGAUUCUCAAGUACAUGCUGAAGAUGAUGGAGGUUUGCAACGCUCAGGGCUUCGUUUACGGCAUAAUUCCCGAGAAAGGCAAGCCGGUGACCGGAGCUUCUGAUAAUCUCAGGGCUUGGUGGAAGGAAAAGGUCAGGUUUGAUCGGAACGGCCCCGCCGCCGUCGAUAAACACCGCGCCGAGAAUUCCGCCGCCCCUGGCUCCGGCAGCGACUUCGACUCGGGAGCUGCCGCCGCCGCCCCUCAUUCAUUGCAGGAGCUUCAAGACACGACAUUGGGCUCUCUUCUGUCGGCUCUCAUGCAGCACUGCGAUCCGCCGCAGCGCCGGUUUCCUCUGGAAAAAGGAAUCCCGCCGCCGUGGUGGCCUACCGGGCGAGAGGAGUGGUGGGCUCAGUUAGGCAUCCCCGAUGAACAAGGGCCGCCCCCCUACAAGAAGCCCCAUGAUCUUAAGAAGGCGUGGAAGGUCAGCGUCCUGACGGCGGUGAUCAAGCACAUGUCUCCCGACAUCGAGAAGAUCCGGCGGCUGGUGAGGCAGUCGAAAUGCCUCCAAGACAAGAUGACUGCCAAGGAAAGCGCAACCUGGCUUGCCGUCGUUAAGCAGGAAGAGGAAUUGCAUAUCAAGUUCCAUCCGAAUGCUCGGCCGCUCCCAUCCUCAGGGAGUGCCAUCACCGGAGCAUUCUCCUUCAGCAGCAUCGCCGGCGAGUACGACGUUGAAGGUGUCGAAGAAGGCAAAAGUGAGGGUGACAUGUUUGUGAAUUCUGCUCCAAUGAAGGAAGAAACCGACAUUGAAUUCUCCCAGAAGAGAUCUUUUAUGCCGGCCGAGGUCGACCGAGGGAUGAACCAGAGGAUCUAUACUUGUGAAAAUGUGGCAUGUUUGCACAGCGAUGCCGGCCAUGGAUUUCUCGAUCGGAAUGCUAGAAGCAGUCACCAAUACUCGUGCAAGUUUCAGAACAAGCCUUCAAUGAACAACAUAUCCCUCUUGGACAUUCCUUCCGACGGGCAAAGAUCGAUCGAGGAGUUGAUGAACUUGUACGAGAACAAUAUCAGCAACGGCACCAAGAACUUCAACUUAGGAUGUUUGUCGAUGUUCGAAGAGCCGCCGAGUGGUCUUCAUGCUAGAAACAAGUUGGAACACAACUUACUUGGACAGGGUACUGGAAUUGGGGACGACCUCUUUGAAGAAGUUGAAAGCUUGUUGCAGUUUCAGCAAGAACUUAAUGAGCAACCAAUUGGCCGAGCGACUAGGGGCAUCGGCCACAACAUGAUCGGAGCCGACUACUCGGAUGUUAUGCAAGAAGCCAUUGAGGUUUCUUUGCACAAACAAGGUGGAUUCAACUGGUUCUGUUAGCUGUUUGUCAUGAAUCACUAGGAGUUCUUGUAUGAUGCUAGAAAUAGCUAGAACUCCAAAUAUGGUAUUUGUAUUAGUGUGGUUAGUGAUGGUGUUUCAUACUUCUAUCCAAUCAGGUUGAUAAAUGUAUGAUGUUCAAGGUUUCGCUGUGUAUGUAGUUUUGUGUUGCACUCUUCAUCUUGAUUGUGCUUGUUAGUUUGGAAGAAACUAAGAAGAACUUGCUUCUGUCUA